UCUCCUCUUCGUCUGUGAGGGGGAUGAUGGGAGUUGCAGUCCAAAGACUCUGCUGAGGUCCCGUGUCCGGGAAGCCCUUCCGUAACCCCUGUCGUCGUCGGGGGCGGCGGCGGCGGGGGGGGCGCGGGGGGGAAAGAAAAGAAGGAGGAGACCUGACCCCCCCCACUCUCCCUCGCCCCCAAAUCGGGCAAGGCGGAACCUGCGGGCGCGACCGCGCGGGGCGAGCCGGACCUCGGCCGAGAGCGGCUUCCGGCGCGCAGGAGCCACUUCCGGCCUCUCGGCGGACCCGCUCGGCCGCCAUGGAGACCAUCCUGGAGCAGCAGCGGCGCUACCACGAGGAGCGCGAGCGCCUGAUGGACGUGAUGGUGAAGGAGAUGCUGACGCGCAAGUCCACGGUCAGGACCCCGCCGGGUCGGGAAAGAAAGAAAGAAAGAAAGAAAGAAAGAAGGGUCUUCUCAGCAUCCCAGGGUGGGGAGGGUUCACGAGGAGCCCAGGCCACUGCAAGCGUCUCCUCUGGUCCCCAUGCUACCCCCCCCCCCCAAAACAAUCCGGGAUAUCUUUGCAAAGGAUGGGAUGUGGCAAGGGUGGGGGUUGCCCUGUUUGUUUCUACUCAGUCCAUUGGAGCUGGCUUGGUGCUUCUUCUGGCGCUCAGGUUGCGGAAGGAGGAGCUCAGCGCCAUCUCAGGACCCAACGAGUUUGCAGAGUUCUACAAUAGGCUCAAGCAGAUCAAGGAGUUCCAUCGGAAGCACCCAAACGAGAUCUGUGUGCCAAUGUCGGUAGAGUUUGAGGAGCUCCUGAAGGCCCGGGAAAACCCCAGCGAAGAAGCUCAGAACCUCGUGGAGUUCACGGAUGAGGAAGGCUAUGGCCGCUACCUGGACUUACAUGACUGUUAUCUCAAGUACAUUAACCUGAAAUCCUCAGAGAAACUAGAUUACAUCACCUAUUUGUCCACAUUUGACCAGCUUUUUGACAUUCCCAAGGAAAGGAAAAAUGCAGAGUACAGGAGGUACCUGGAGAUGCUUCUGGAAUACUUGCAGGAUUACACAGACCGGGUGAAGCCGCUUCUGGACCAGAAUGAGCUGUUUGGCAAAAUCCAGGCUGAGUUUGAGAAGAAAUGGGAGAAUGGCACUUUCCCCGGAUGGCCAAAAGAGACCAGCAGCGCCCUCACCCAUGCUGGUGCCCACUUGGAUCUCUCGGCCUUCUCUUCCUGGGAGGAAUUGGCCUCCCUGGGGCUCGAUCGGCUGAAAUCUGCACUGCUUGCGUUGGGUCUGAAAUGCGGUGGGACGCUGGAGGAGCGAGCGCAGAGGCUGUUUAGCACCAAGGGCAAAUCCCUGGAGGCCCUCGACUCUUCCCUCUUUGCUAAGAACCCAAAGACAAAGGGGAGCAAGCGAGACACCGAGAGGAACAAGGACCUGGCCUUUCUGGAGGCUCAGAUCUACGAGUAUGUUGAGAUUCUUGGGGAGCAGCGCCAGCUCACCCAUGAAAAUGUGCAGCGCAAGCAGGCCCGGACAGGCGAGGAGCGCGAGGAAGAAGAGGAGGAGCAGAUCAGUGAGAGUGAGAGUGAAGACGAGGAGAAUGAGAUCAUCUACAACCCCAAGAACCUACCUCUGGGCUGGGAUGGCAAGCCAAUCCCAUACUGGCUGUACAAGCUACAUGGGCUGAAUAUCAACUACAACUGUGAGAUCUGUGGAAACUACACCUAUCGGGGGCCCAAAGCUUUCCAGCGACACUUUGCAGAAUGGCGCCACGCGCAUGGGAUGCGGUGCCUGGGCAUCCCCAACACGGCUCACUUUGCCAAUGUCACACAGAUCGAGGAUGCUGUUUCCCUGUGGGCAAAGCUGAAGCAGCAGAAGGCUUCGGAGCGGUGGCAGCCAGACACAGAAGAAGAAUACGAGGACUCCAGUGGGAACGUGGUCAACAAGAAGACCUACGAGGACCUGAAGCGCCAAGGCCUGCUGUGAGGGGCACGAGCCCCCCGGCCUCAUUCCCAGGCUCCAGGCCACACGUGCAGGCACCCUGAGGAUGCCUACAGUGGCCAGUGGCAAUUCCGCAAGACUUUUUCUUUGUAUUGAACUUAUACAUAAAAAUAAACCCUAGUUUUAGAAGGA